AUCCUUUAUUCCUCCGCCCAUCACACAAAGAGAUCAGAGCUGCAGGGGCAGGCGGAAAAAAAAAAGUCUCCGACCAAACGUGAGAAAUAACCAACCAGCAGGUUCUCGGUUGGCCCUCCCCCAACAUUGCAGUGAACUAAAAAAAAAAUAAAAAAGGAAACCGAGGUGCAGACGGUUUCCUCCGAGCACGCAACCUGCUACUUCCUCGGGCUGACCACUCCGCCCUGCAGCCUGGGAGCUCCAGAGGACUAAAGAGGAGGCGCUGGUACGGUAAGGGGAAGGUUAGACAGCAAAGGGGGCGGAGACGGGAACAAAAACAACCGAGGGUGAAGCAGAGCGAGGCAGAGCGAAGAGGACCGCUGAGAGAUCCAGAUGUUCAGACUGAGGCUGCUGUUUUAGAGAUGGAUUUGAGUACGCUUCAAGUUCUGGAGAGAGAAAGAGUCUUGGAUGUUCUUCGGAGGGACAAACAGCUGCGUGCUAUUGAAGAGGCCAGGAUCCGGAGGAUGAAGUGCGAGCUCCAGGAGCUCCGACGGAGAGGAGCCAAGAGCUUCGGCCGGCAGUACGGCGAGCGGACCUGCGCCCGCUGCCAGAGGCCCCUGGGAAAGUUCUGGAACUCGGGCGCAGUCUGCCGCGGCUGCAGCCACCGCAUCUGCAGAAAGUGCCGCGUGGGCGUGGGAGCGGCGGGCUGGAAGUGCACGGUCUGCCACGCCUACAGGGACGUGAAGUUCAGGUCUGGAGAGUGGUUCUUAGAGCAGAGGGCCAAGAAAUUUCCAGUCACCACAGACAAAUACAAGAUGGUUGGGGAUAAAAUAUUGGAGAGCUACAGCGUGCUGAGUCAUAUAUCAAUUGUGCCUCCCACUCCUCCACCUUACCUGGAUAUGCAGGGUCCCAGCAGAUCUGGGGAUCUGAAAAACUCCAAACCUUUUACCAAAUCCAUGGAAGAUUUGAUGGUGUCCUUCACCAGUCAUAUUAAAAAGAUCUCCACUUCUCCCAGCGACGUGCGAGGAGACCUGCUGAGAGUUGGCGACCACCGCCGAGGGUCUGUCUUCAACUACAGCACCCAGAAGAGCCUCUCCGACACGGACAUCAGCAAAUCUCGCAACCUUUUUAAAGGACCCAGUCUCCCAAACCUGUUCAAGAAAAGCAAAGACGUUGACCACGAAGCCUACACAACUGCGGCGGAAGAAGAGACCUCUUACGGUUCUGAGUAUUCUGGAGGAAAUAGAGGCAGCGGCAGCAACAGCAGCGGCAGCAGCAGCAGCAUCAGCAUCAGCACCGACCUGGCACUCGCUGAGAGCACAGCAGGAGAGCUGGAACUGGCCCUGGCCUUCAACACCAACACCUCCUGUCUGGAAAUCACCGUUGGUGCCUGCAGAAACCUCCGCUACGGCGACACCAGGAGGAAGAAGUGUCAUCCAUAUGUCAAACUCUACAUGCUGCCGGGAAAUGGCGGAAAAAUGAAGACGUCGUACAAGAAAAACACGACUCAUCCGGUUUAUAAUGAAGUUUUAAAGUAUCCUAUAGAGCGCCACCUGCUGUUUGGCAAGAGACUGCAGGUGACCGUGUGGCAUUCAGGAACCCUGAAGAGGAAAGUGUCUCUCGGUGAAGUCCUCGUCCCUCUGGACGGAUGGAGAUUCGAGGACAAGGACUCCCAGCUCUUUAACUGGUACCCACUCUGUCCAAAGGCGGAGAGUCUCGAGGGAGACUCUGUGGACCGAGAUGUCGGCGAUCUGCUGGUCGGAGACCAGUUCAGCUCCAACAACCAGGGCGACCUCCUGCUGCUCAGCCACUUUCAGAGAAAGACUGUCGCCAGAUAAUUGAUUCCUAAUUCAUUGAUCUGAUAACGUGCUUUUCACUUUUUAAAUGGAUGACGGCGUAGUCGAUGGUACGCACAAAAACACUACGUGAUGUCUGCUCUUUUGAAAGAAUGAUGUUGUGUUUUGAUUGCUUUUAAUAUUUAUUUAUUUGCAUUUUUUUUCAAGCUCCACAAUUAAUUUUUUUGGGCUCUACAAAUAAAAUUGAUUAAACAUGACUUUUUUUAAAGAUUAAUAUCCUCAGUAUUUUUAGCUCUUAAGAAGACCGCAGCUCAAAGCACACACCCAUACUUAUGGUAGAUUAUAAUGUACUCUAUGGCGAGGUUUCAUGUGCUUUAACGUGUGAUAGCCAACAAUUAGAGACAUUCAGCACUUUUGACAAAGCUAAAAUUUUACAGAACUGUAAAAUAGUCAAUAAAUUCAUUUUCAUACUUGUGUUAUACUAGUACGGUAUCAUGUUUAAUAAAUGUGUUUUGUGUAUAAAAACAAUAUCUCCCCCGUAAAAAGUAAGAUUUAGCUGUAGCAUAACAUUUAAGUACUAUACGAAAAUGCGCUUACUCGCCACUUGGGUCACAAACGGCGUGGGAAAGGGAAGAAAAUGGCAUCACGUUUCAGCACUAGAGGUCAGAAGAAGACAUCUUUUUGGAACUCUCAUGACAAUCAUGCAGUGAACCACUCUGCCAGCAAGCAGAAAGCAAUGAUCAACUAAGUGUCCUUAUCCCAUUAAUGCAAACACGGGUCGGAACACAUGCGUCAGCGUGUAAACACACCUCAGAGGCCGUGUGUGUGUGUGAGAGAGAGAGUGUGUUUCAGUCUCAGCGGGACCGCAAGGUGUGUUCUGGUGCAUGUAUAAGAAUGCAUGAUAAAGUGGACAUGUGCAAUAAACGUG